CAGACACUUCAUCGCACCACAUUUUGCGUUGUAAACAAAAGAAUUAGGAAAUCAUCCAGAACUAGAUAAAAAGUAAUUAUGGCUGGCCGACCAGAGCACAAGGCUCCUCCGGAGAUUUUCUACAACGACGAUGAAGCCCAAAAGUACACCAACAACACGCGAAUCAUAGAGAUCCAGGUACAAAUGUGCGAGCGUGCGAUCGAGCUACUGGCCCUCGACCCGGACGAUGAUGGCCCGAGGCUCAUUUGCGAUAUUGGAUGCGGCUCCGGACUGUCCGGCAGUGUUUUGGAGGAGCAGGGCCAUCAGUGGAUUGGCGUGGACAUAUCGAAGUUCAUGUUGGAAGUCGCAACGCAGCGGGAAGUGGAAGGUGAUCUCAUUCUCGGUGACAUGGGACAGGGAAUGCCCUUCAAAGCUGGCACAUUCGACGGUGCGGUGUCUAUUUCGGCCCUGCAGUGGUUGUGCAAUGCCGAUAAGAAAAGCCACAUACCCCAACAACGUUUGCAUAAGUUUUUCACCACCUUGUUGUCGUGCCUGACCCGUAAUGCAAGAGCCGUCUUUCAGUUUUAUCCGGAGAAUUCAGCACAACUCGAGCUGAUUACUUCUCAAGCGACCAAGGCUGGAUUCUUUGGUGGACUCGUCGUCGAUUAUCCCAACUCUAGCAAGGCUAAAAAAUACUUCCUCGUACUAACUACUGGUGGCAUUGCAAAACUGCCCGCAGCGCUGGGAACCGGUGAAACAGAAAGCCAGGUCCCGUACAACCGUAAGCAGGCGGCAUACGCUAAGAAUGCCCGUGGUAAACCACUGAAAAAAUCGCGCGAGUGGGUCUUAGCGAAAAAAGAACAGCGUAGGAAGCAAGGCGAGGACACUCGUAAAGAUUCUCGCUACACAGCCCGGAAGCGUAGUGGAAGAUUCUGAAAAAAUAACAAGGAUAAUCAAACUGUAACAAGGUGGUUGUUUAUUAUUGGCGUUGCACACCAGCGGUAUAUUGUUAUUACUUCAUCAAAAUAUGUACACAUAAAUAACACAUCUUCACUUAUGCACUUUACUAACGAACGGCCAACUCAUGGCUCCUUCUUAGUUACCGGUUGUGGAGUAUCAUAGCUUGCCUCUUGGAAAGCGAUCACACAAUAAAGUAUACAGAAAAACAACAACGGAAAUAUGAUGUAUUCGUGCUGCAGGCGCGUCUGAAAUAUCUCCUCCCUUUCCGCCUUUCGUUUGAACCG